CUUCCCGAGCACUGCUCCGCCCCCGGAGGGAGAGAGAGCGAGACCGCGGCAGAGGAACUGAGGAGGCCCGCCGAACCCUGCCGAUCCCCGCCAGCCAGGGCGCUAGAGAAGUUGGACAGGAGCUCAGCGCAGCGCUGCGAGUCCCGCGGUCGCGCCCCGACAGCGCCCGACAGCGCCCAGCCCGAGCCGCCCUGCCGCUCAGCCCCAACCCCGGCCCGCCAGCAUGAUGAACAACAGCGGCUACUCGGACCCCGCCGGCUUCGGCCUGGCAGACGAGGCGGACGAGAUGCCGUCCACAGAGAAGGACCUAGCGGAGGACGCGCCGUGGAAGAAGAUCCAGCAGAACACAUUCACGCGCUGGUGCAACGAGCACCUCAAGUGCGUGGGCAAGCGCUUGACCGACCUACAGCGCGACCUCAGCGACGGGCUGCGCCUCAUUGCGCUCCUGGAGGUGCUCAGCCAGAAGCGCAUGUACCGCAAGUUCCACCCGCGCCCCAACUUCCGCCAGAUGAAGCUGGAGAACGUGUCCGUGGCCCUCGAGUUCCUGGAGCGCGAGCACAUCAAGCUCGUGUCCAUCGACAGCAAAGCCAUCGUAGAUGGGAACCUGAAGCUGAUCCUGGGCCUCAUCUGGACGCUGAUUCUACACUACUCCAUCUCCAUGCCCAUGUGGGAGGAUGAGGACGAUGAGGAUGCCCGCAAACAAACGCCCAAGCAGCGUCUGCUCGGCUGGAUCCAGAACAAGGUGCCCCAGCUACCCAUCACCAACUUCAAUCGUGACUGGCAGGACGGCAAAGCUCUAGGAGCCCUGGUGGAUAACUGUGCCCCAGGUCUCUGUCCAGACUGGGAAGCCUGGGACCCUAACCAGCCUGUGGAGAAUGCCCGGGAGGCCAUGCAGCAGGCCGAUGACUGGCUUGGGGUACCCCAGGUUAUUGCCCCUGAGGAGAUUGUGGACCCCAAUGUGGAUGAGCAUUCAGUCAUGACCUACCUGUCCCAGUUCCCCAAGGCCAAACUCAAACCUGGUGCUCCUAUUCGCUCCAAGCAGCUGAAUCCCAAGAAAGCCAUCGCCUAUGGGCCGGGCAUCGAGCCCCAUGGCAACACUGUGCUGCAGCCUGCCCAUUUCACCGUGCAGACAGUGGAUGCUGGUGUGGGCGAGGUUCUGGUCUACAUCGAGGAUCCUGAGGGCCACACAGAGGAGGCCAAGGUAGUUCCCAACAAUGACAAGAACCGCACCUAUGCUGUCUCCUACGUGCCCAAGGUUGCUGGGCUACACAAGGUGACCGUGCUCUUUGCGGGCCAGAACAUUGAACGCAGCCCCUUCCAGGUGAAUGUGGGCAUGGCCCUGGGGGAUGCCAACAAGGUGUCAGCCCGUGGCCCUGGCCUGGAACCUGUGGGGAAUGUGGCCAACAAACCUACCUACUUUGACAUCUACACUGCGGGGGCUGGCACCGGUGAUGUUGCUGUGGUGAUUGUGGACCCACAGGGCCGGCGGGACACAGUGGAGGUGGCCCUGGAGGACAAGGGUGAUAGCACAUUCCGCUGCACAUACAGGCCUGUGAUGGAGGGGCCACACACAGUGCAUGUGGCCUUUGCUGGUGCCCCCAUCACCCGUAGUCCUUUCCCUGUCCAUGUGUCGGAAGCCUGUAACCCCAAUGCCUGCCGUGCCUCGGGGCGAGGCCUGCAGCCCAAGGGUGUCCGUGUAAAAGAGGUGGCUGAUUUCAAGGUGUUCACCAAGGGUGCUGGCAGUGGGGAACUCAAGGUCACAGUCAAGGGACCAAAGGGCACAGAGGAGCCAGUGAAGGUGCAAGAGGCUGGGGACGGUGUGUUUGAGUGCGAGUACUACCCUGUGGUACCUGGGAAGUAUGUAGUGACCAUCACAUGGGGCGGCUAUGCUAUCCCUCGCAGUCCUUUUGAAGUCCAGGUGAGCCCAGAGGCAGGAGUGCAGAAGGUGCGGGCCUGGGGUCCCGGUUUGGAGACUGGCCAGGUGGGCAAGUCAGCUGACUUCGUGGUGGAAGCCAUUGGCACAGAGGUGGGGACACUAGGCUUCUCCAUUGAGGGGCCCUCACAGGCCAAGAUUGAGUGUGAUGACAAGGGGGAUGGCUCCUGUGAUGUGAGAUACUGGCCCACGGAGCCUGGGGAAUAUGCCGUGCAUGUCAUCUGUGAUGAUGAGGACAUCCGUGACUCACCCUUCAUUGCCCACAUCCAGCCAGCCCCACCUGACUGCUUCCCAGACAGGGUGAAGGCCUUUGGACCUGGCCUGGAGCCUACUGGCUGCAUUGUGGACAAGCCUGCGGAGUUCACUAUUGAUGCCCGUGCAGCUGGCAAGGGAGACCUGAAGCUCUAUGCCCAGGACGCAGAUGGCUGUCCCAUCGACAUCAAGGUGAUCCCCAAUGGAGACGGCACCUUCCGCUGCUCCUAUGUGCCCACCAAGCCCAUUAAGCACACCAUCAUCAUCUCCUGGGGAGGCGUCAAUGUGCCCAAGAGCCCCUUCCGGGUGAAUGUGGGUGAAGGCAGUCACCCUGAGAGGGUGAAGGUGUAUGGCCCCGGCGUGGAGAAGACCGGCCUCAAAGCCAAUGAGCCCACCUACUUCACAGUGGACUGCAGCGAGGCAGGACAAGGUGAUGUGAGCAUUGGCAUCAAGUGUGCCCCCGGCGUGGUAGGCCCUGCGGAGGCUGACAUCGACUUUGACAUCAUCAAGAAUGACAAUGACACCUUCACGGUCAAGUACACCCCUCCAGGGGCUGGCCGCUAUACCAUCAUGGUGCUGUUUGCCAACCAGGAGAUCCCUGCCAGCCCCUUCCACAUCAAGGUGGACCCAUCCCAUGAUGCCAGCAAGGUCAAGGCUGAGGGCCCUGGGCUGAACCGCACAGGUGUGGAGGUUGGGAAGCCCACUCACUUCACAGUGCUGACCAAGGGAGCUGGCAAGGCCAAGCUGGACGUGCAGUUUGCAGGGGCAGCAAAGGGCGAGGCUGUGCGGGACUUUGAAAUCAUAGACAACCACGACUACUCCUACACUGUCAAGUAUACUGCGGUCCAGCAGGGUAACAUGGCAGUGACAGUGACCUACGGUGGGGACCCUGUCCCCAAAAGCCCCUUUGUGGUGAAUGUGGCACCCCCACUGGACCUCAGCAAAGUUAAAGUUCAAGGCCUCAACAGCAAGGUAGCUGUGGGGCAGGAACAAGCAUUCUCUGUGAACACGCGAGGGGCUGGUGGUCAGGGCCACCUGGACGUGCGGAUGACCUCACCCUCUCGACGACCCAUCCCCUGCAAACUGGAGCCUGGGGGUGGAGCUGAAGCCCAGGCUGUGCGCUACAUGCCCCCUGAGGAGGGGCCCUACAAAGUGGACAUCACCUAUGAUGGUCACCCAGUGCCUGGCAGCCCCUUUGCUGUGGAGGGUGUCCUGCCCCCUGACCCCACCAAGGUCUGUGCUUAUGGCCCUGGUCUGAAGGGUGGACUGGUAGGCAGCCCUGCGCCAUUCUCCAUUGACACCAAGGGGGCUGGCACAGGUGGCCUGGGGCUAACUGUGGAGGGCCCCUGCGAGGCCAAGAUUGAGUGCCAGGACAAUGGGGAUGGCUCAUGUGCUGUCAGCUACCUGCCCACGGAGCCGGGCGAGUACACCAUCAACAUCCUGUUUGCCGAAGCCCACAUCCCCGGCUCCCCCUUCAAGGCCACCAUCCGGCCUGUGUUCGAUCCAAGCAAGGUACGGGCCAGUGGGCCAGGCCUAGAGCGUGGCAAGGCUGGUGAGGCAGCUACCUUCACUGUGGACUGCUCAGAGGCGGGUGAUGCUGAGCUGACCAUCGAAAUCCUGUCGGAUGCCGGUGUCAAGGCCGAGGUGCUGAUCCAGAACAAUGCUGAUGGCACCUACCACAUCACCUACAGCCCUGCCUUUCCUGGCACCUACACCAUUACCAUCAAGUAUGGCGGACACCCUGUGCCCAAAUUCCCCACCCGCGUCCAUGUGCAGCCUGCUGUAGAUACCAGUGGUGUCAAGGUCUCAGGGCCUGGUGUGGAGCCACAUGGUGUCCUGCGGGAGGUGACCACUGAGUUCACUGUGGAUGCGAGAUCGCUAACAGCCACAGGUGGCAACCACGUGACUGCUCGUGUGCUCAACCCCUCGGGCGCCAAGACAGACACCUAUGUGACAGACAAUGGGGAUGGCACCUACCGAGUGCAGUACACUGCCUACGAAGAAGGCAUGCACUUGGUGGAGGUGCUGUAUGACGAGGUCGCUGUGCCCAAGAGCCCCUUCCGAGUGGGCGUGACUGAGGGCUGUGACCCCACCCGCGUGCGGGCCUUUGGGCCUGGCCUGGAGGGUGGCUUGGUCAAUAAGUCCAACCGCUUCACUGUGGAGACCAGGGGAGCUGGCACAGGCGGCCUAGGCCUAGCCAUUGAGGGCCCCUCAGAAGCCAAGAUGUCUUGCAAGGACAAUAAGGAUGGCAGCUGCACAGUGGAAUACAUCCCCUUCACCCCUGGAGACUAUGACGUCAACAUCACCUUUGGGGGACGGCCCAUCCCAGGGAGCCCAUUCCGGGUGCCAGUGAAGGAUGUGGUGGACCCUGGAAAGGUGAAGUGCUCAGGGCCAGGGCUGGGAGCUGGUGUCAGGGCGCGUGUACCCCAGACCUUCACAGUGGACUGCAGUCAAGCUGGCCGGGCCCCCCUGCAAGUGGCUGUGCUGGGCCCCACAGGUGUAGCUGAGCCUGUGGAGGUGCGGGACAAUGGGGGUGGCACCCACACUGUCCAUUACACCCCAGCCACUGAUGGGCCCUACACAGUUGCUGUCAAGUACGCUGACCAGGAGGUGCCACGCAGCCCUUUCAAGAUCAAGGUGCUUCCAGCCCAUGAUGCAAGCAAGGUGCGGGCCAGUGGCCCUGGCCUCAACGCCUCUGGCAUCCCUGCCAGCCUGCCUGUGGAGUUCACCAUCGAUGCGCGGGAUGCUGGAGAAGGGCUGCUCACUGUCCAGAUCCUGGAUCCUGAGGGUAAACCCAAGAAGGCCAAUAUUCGAGACAACGGGGACGGCACAUACACUGUGUCCUACUUGCCAGACAUGAGUGGCCGGUACACCAUCACCAUCAAGUAUGGUGGGGAUGAGAUCCCUUACUCACCAUUCCGCAUUCAUGCUCUGCCCACUGGGGAUGCCAGCAAGUGCCUUGUCACAGUGUCCAUUGGAGGCCAUGGCCUGGGUGCCUGCCUGGGCCCCCGCAUCCAGAUUGGGCAGGAGACGGUGAUAACUGUGGAUGCCAAGGCAGCUGGCGAGGGGAAGGUGACCUGCACAGUAUCCACACCGGACGGGGCAGAGCUCGACGUGGAUGUGGUUGAGAACCAUGAUGGUACCUUUGACAUUUACUACACAGCACCCGAGCCGGGCAAGUACGUCAUCACCAUCCGCUUUGGAGGCGAGCACAUCCCCAACAGCCCCUUCCAUGUGCUGGCGUGUGACCCCCUGUCCCCCAUGGAGGAGUCCUCUGAAGUGCCGCAGCUACGUCAGCCCUACGCCCCUCCCCGGCCUGGCAUCUGCCCCACACACUGGGCCACAGAGGAGCCAGUGGUCCCCGUGGAGCCAAUGGAGUCCAUGCUGAGGCCCUUCAACUUGGUCAUCCCCUUUGCUGUGCAGAAAGGGGAGCUCACAGGGGAGGUGCGGAUGCCCUCUGGGAAGACUGCAAGGCCCAACAUUACAGACAACAAGGAUGGCACCAUCACGGUGAGGUACGCGCCCACUGAGAAAGGCCUGCACCAGAUGGGAAUCAAGUACGAUGGCAACCACAUCCCUGGGAGUCCCCUGCAGUUCUACGUGGAUGCCAUCAACAGCCGCCAUGUCAGUGCCUACGGGCCAGGCCUGAGCCAUGGCAUGGUCAACAAGCCAGCCACCUUCACCAUUGUCACCAAGGAUGCUGGGGAAGGGGGUCUGUCGCUGGCUGUGGAGGGUCCAUCCAAGGCAGAAAUCACCUGCAAGGACAACAAGGAUGGCACCUGCACUGUGUCCUACCUGCCCACAGCACCGGGAGACUAUAGCAUCAUUGUGCGCUUUGACGACAAGCAUAUCCCGGGGAGCCCCUUCACAGCCAAGAUCACAGGAGAUGACUCCAUGAGGACCUCACAGCUGAAUGUGGGCACCUCUACGGAUGUGUCACUGAAGAUCACUGAGAGUGAUUUAAGCCAGCUGACUGCCAGCAUCCGUGCUCCCUCAGGCAAUGAGGAGCCCUGCCUGCUGAAGCGCCUCCCCAACCGUCACAUUGGGAUCUCCUUCACCCCCAAGGAGGUUGGAGAGCACGUGGUGAGCGUGCGGAAGAGUGGCAAGCAUGUCACAAACAGCCCCUUCAAGAUUCUGGUGGGGCCAUCUGAGAUCGGGGAUGCCAGCAAGGUGCGGGUCUGGGGCAAGGGCCUGUCUGAGGGGCACACGUUCCAGGUGGCAGAAUUCAUCGUGGAUACUCGUAAUGCAGGUUAUGGGGGCUUGGGGCUGAGUAUCGAAGGCCCUAGCAAGGUGGACAUCAACUGUGAGGACAUGGAGGAUGGCACAUGCAAAGUCACCUACUGCCCUACUGAGCCUGGCACCUACAUCAUCAACAUCAAGUUUGCUGACAAGCACGUACCUGGAAGCCCCUUCACUGUGAAGGUUACUGGUGAGGGCCGCAUGAAGGAAAGCAUCACCCGGCGGAGACAGGCUCCCUCCAUCGCCACCAUCGGCAGCACCUGUGACCUCAACCUUAAGAUCCCAGGGAACUGGUUCCAGAUGGUGUCUGCCCAGGAGCGUCUGACGCGUACCUUUACACGCAGCAGUCACACAUACACCCGUACCGAGCGCACAGAGAUCAGCAAGACUCGGGGUGGGGAGACCAAGCGUGAGGUGCGGGUGGAAGAGUCCACCCAGGUUGGCGGGGACCCCUUUCCCGCUGUCUUCGGGGACUUCCUGGGCCGGGAACGCCUGGGCUCCUUUGGCAGCAUCACCCGGCAGCAGGAGGGUGAAGCCAGCUCUCAGGACAUGACCGCACAGGUGACCAGCCCAUCAGGCAAGAUGGAAGCCGCAGAAAUUGUGGAGGGAGAGGACAGUGCAUACAGUGUGCGCUUUGUGCCCCAGGAGAUGGGGCCUCACACAGUCACUGUCAAGUACCGUGGCCAGCAUGUGCCAGGCAGCCCCUUUCAAUUCACUGUGGGGCCUCUGGGCGAAGGCGGUGCCCACAAGGUACGGGCUGGAGGCACGGGGCUAGAGCGUGGAGUGGCAGGCGUGCCAGCUGAGUUCAGCAUCUGGACCCGAGAAGCAGGUGCUGGAGGCCUGUCCAUUGCUGUGGAGGGUCCCAGCAAGGCAGAGAUUGCAUUUGAGGACCGCAAAGAUGGCUCCUGUGGUGUCUCCUAUGUUGUCCAGGAACCAGGUGACUAUGAGGUCUCCAUCAAGUUCAACGAUGAACACAUCCCAGACAGCCCCUUUGUGGUGCCUGUGGCCUCCCUCUCAGAUGAUGCUCGCCGUCUCACAGUCACCAGCCUCCAGGAGACAGGGCUCAAGGUGAACCAGCCAGCGUCCUUUGCGGUGCAGCUGAAUGGGGCACGGGGUGUGAUCGAUGCCAGGGUGCACACACCCUCGGGAGCUGUGGAAGAAUGCUACGUCUCUGAGCUGGACAGUGACAAGCAUACUAUCCGCUUCAUCCCCCAUGAGAAUGGUGUCCACUCCAUCGAUGUUAAGUUCAACGGUGCCCAUAUCCCUGGAAGUCCAUUCAAGAUCCGUGUUGGGGAGCAGAGCCAGGCUGGGGACCCAGGCUUGGUGUCAGCCUAUGGUCCUGGGCUUGAGGGAGGCACUACAGGUGUGUCAUCAGAGUUCAUCGUGAACACCCUGAAUGCAGGCUCAGGGGCCUUGUCUGUCACCAUCGACGGGCCCUCCAAAGUGCAGCUGGACUGUCGGGAGUGUCCUGAGGGCCAUGUGGUCACUUACACUCCCAUGGCCCCUGGCAACUACCUCAUUGCCAUCAAGUAUGGUGGCCCCCAGCACAUCGUGGGCAGCCCCUUCAAGGCCAAGGUCACAGGUCCCCGGUUGUCUGGAGGCCACAGCCUUCAUGAAACAUCCACGGUUUUGGUGGAGACUGUGACCAAGUCGUCUUCAAGCCGGGGCUCCAGCUACAGUUCCAUCCCCAAGUUUUCCUCAGAUGCCAGCAAGGUGGUGACACGGGGCCCUGGACUGUCCCAGGCUUUUGUGGGCCAGAAGAACUCCUUCACCGUGGACUGCAGCAAAGCAGGCACCAACAUGAUGAUGGUGGGCGUGCAUGGACCCAAGACCCCAUGUGAGGAGGUAUACGUGAAGCACAUGGGGAACCGGGUGUACAACGUCACCUACACAGUCAAGGAGAAAGGGGACUACAUCCUCAUCGUCAAGUGGGGCGACGAAAGUGUCCCUGGAAGCCCCUUCAAAGUCAAUGUGCCCUGAAUCCCAGAAGUGCCUCCCCCAGCCUCGGUCCCCACCUCUGGCCAAACUCACACACACGCAAAUGUGCCACACCCAGAUGUACACGCACAAAAUCAGACACUAUAAACACUUGCCUUGGGGGUGAUAGGAAUGGCACAGACUCCCUUCCCAACCAUGCCCUCAGAGGCUGGAGGGCCUUGUCUGUCUCAGGGCAAUAUCCUUCUCCUGGAAUGUGAUAUGAGGGCAGAUUGGGCAGUUCAGGGGUUGGAUGGGGGCCUGGAGGCCAGGGAAGCCCUGAGUUUUCAAUUGGGCCUGAGCCCAGCGGGAGAGCAUUGUGCUGGGGUAUCUGGGAGAGAGAAGUUUCCCUCAAACUGUACUGCUGGCCAUUUGUCUACGCCUGAAGACUUUGUCUGGCCCCAGAGUGUUAAAGACUUUUAAAGGAAAGCACAAUCUGAGAAGAAAACAGACCCUGAGCAUUUGGCAGUGGAGUGGCCUGUGGACUGGCCUGAGCAGUGGAUACUCUGCCCAAGCCAGGCUUUCUGGGGGACUAAUUUCUCUCAUUAUUAUUAUUUUUUUUUUUUUUUACGAUUGCACAGCUCUGCCCCAUGGGGGCCCUUUUUUACACACUGCAAGGCCCAGCUUUCUGGGGGGACUUUUGCACAUGUCAUGUGGCUCAGCUGAGAGCUGCUUAGGUGGAAAACUCCAAAUAAAGUGCGGCCUGUCGCAGA